CACCCGCUAUAAAGCCAUGGAGAACUGGCGCACAACAAACAGUGAGAACGCAGAUACGAAAAGUAGAAGUUGAAAAAGUGACGUCAAAAGUUCUAGUGAAUAAAUUAGUCAGUGAAAUGCAGCAAAAAAACAUCAAAAUGUCCCCUGAAGCUGAGAGUCAUUUUGACGAAUACGAACAUUACAAUUUCGCAUAUGAUAAGCACAUCUAUGCAGGCCACAGUGGUAAGCAGAGGACGAAGAAAGAAGCUGAAUCACAUACCAAUCAUUUUGACCCCAAUGGACAUUCGAGGAAGAUCGUGCAGAAGCUGAUGAAUACCGAGGCCAACAAGAAGACCAAGGUUUAAGCACUAAGUGAUGAGACAAAGAACUUUGUUUUCACGAAAAAAAGAUGAUUUUUCCUUGGCUGAAGUUUACCGGACUGUGAUUUCUAAUUUUAUUGAACGUUGCGCACUAACGAACUGGCUUUGCGAUAUUAUUAUACACCUCGCACUUUUGAGGUCAUAUAACAUCUGAUUGCGACCUACACAAUGUACUUUAAACAUUGCUUUGAGGUGGUUAUGACUGCUUUAAUUACUGUGUUAAAAUCUUAAUUUAAUAAAAGAUUACUUUUAGUAGUUGUAAGAUUUUUUCUACUGUUGUUUUAAACUAAAUACAGACUUAGUUCUGCUGUAUGUUUUGUUAAUUAGCACUAUGUGUUGAAUAAACAUUACAUUUUGAAUUA